CGCCAACGGAACUUGCUCAGUUUAAAUGCGAACUUGGCGAGCUCAAGACACGACCGUCGGCUAAAGACACCACUCCUCCAUAUGAUAUUGUCAAGUAACCCAAAUACGACACCGGCGUAAUCAAAUUAACACCCACGCACAUGAGAGACUUUUGUGCCGUGAUUUGCAUAAUUGACGCUAAUCGGCGGUGUCUCGUGCUCGCCCAAAAAGUAAGCCCGGACCAAAAAAGACCCCGCCAUACAUAUGUGUUUUGUCAACCGGUGACAGUGCUUUGUGUGUGGAACAAUUGUGCAAGUGACAAGGGGCAAACAAAAGUUUCGGCUAUAUAGCUCUUUUUUUAGACCCACCUUCGUCAACAUGAUCACCAUGAACGAGCUGGUGGAUCUGCGCAUGCAGCAGCAUAUAGCGCACGAGAUCUAUCGCCAGCAGAUUAUGCAGCGCAUACCAGAUCCCUUUCCGCCCAUGCUGCCCAUUCCGAUGCCGCGGCACGUGAUCAUGCCACCCCGUGUCACCCUGCCCGGCGUUGAGAUGACCCUGCAGAACGACGAUCUGUGGAAGCAGUUCCAUCAAAUUGGCACGGAAAUGAUCAUCACCAAGAGCGGCAGACGCAUGUUCCCCUCGAUGCGUCUGAGUGUGUCCGGUUUGGAGGACGAGAGCAAUUACUGCGUGCUCCUGGAGAUGGUGCCCAUCGGCGACUGCCGCUACAAGUUCUCCGGCUCCCAGUGGGUUCCAGCCGGAGGAGCUGAGCCCCAGAGUCCGCAGCGGAUGUACCUGCAUCCGGACAGCCCGGCCACAGGUGCCCAUUGGCAGGCGCAGCCCAUACUCUUCAACAAGGUCAAGCUGACCAAUAACACGCUGGACAACAGCGGCCAUAUCGUCCUGGCCAGCAUGCACAAGUAUCAGCCGCGUCUGCAUGUCAUACGCACCGCUGAUCUGGCGCAGAUUCCCUGGGCCCCCCAACAGGCCUUUGUGUUCGCCGAGACCGAGUUCGUGGCCGUGACAGCCUACCAGAACGAUCGCAUCACCAAGCUGAAGAUCGACAACAAUCCGUUUGCCAAGGGCUUCCGCGAAACGGGACAAUCGCGCUGCAAGCGCAAGAUGUCUUCAUCGCCAACUGGCGAGGAUCAAGAUCAGUCGCAGUCGCAGUCGCAGUCACUGUCCCAUUCGCAAUCCCAUUCCGAAUCUGACAUGUCGCCGGCGAAAGGCAGUGAGACGGCAGGAGGAGGAGGAGGACCAUCAUCGGCAAUCGGCGAUUUGGAUGGUCCGCAAAUUAAGCGCCUGAGAUCAAAUGGCUCCGCCUGCUCCUUAUCGUCAUCGCUGGACGAUCAGGCGGCGCCUGGCGCCAGUUCCUUGGCCCAUCCACAUCCCCAUCCCCUCCAGGCGAGGAGUGCCUCCAGCGUUUUUAUGCAGCACUUCCAGCAGAACAUGCAGAGCCUGCUGAGACCCUCACUCGUGGACCUGGCCUGCACCUACUUCGGAAGACCCCACGAGUACGGAGGAGGGAUGCAGCCCUCACCCAUCUAUCCUUCGGCAGCCAUUCUACAGGCCGGACUGGGUCCACAUCCUGGCCUGAACCUGCCCCCAGGCAAUUGCGCUGGAGAUCUCAUAUCGGAUGAGUCGGGAGCCGAGGAACUCGAACUGGAUGUGGGCAGUGAAACAACCACUGCGGACCAAUCCUCACAGGAGCAGCCACCGGAACAACCCUCUUCAAGGAGCAAGGGCUUCAGCAUAUCGGCCAUCUUGGGGGGAGGCAGUUAGAGGGUAUUAAGUUAUAGAAUAAGAUCAGAAAUAAGUUCUGAAAAUCAAGUGUUAAGUGUUUUUUCUAAUUAAGUGUGUAUGUAUUUUGUUAAAAAAAAAGCUAUCAUUUCUUGUUAAUUACAAGAAGAGAGUAGUGACAUUCUUAAACUCAAGAUAAACUGUUCUGAAUCUUUUAAAUAUAGAACAAUAUUGAUGUCACUGUAUUAUUCUUGAUUUUCGAAGACAACAUCAUAACGAGUACUC